UGAUCGCUGGGUAAAACUCGGGUCCUCUGCCGCUGUCGCACUGCUGUUGCCGCCGCCGCCGCCGCCGCCGCCGCCGCAGUCCUCAUGGAGCUGGUCCCCUGGCACUGGCCUGCCCUGCUGCUGCUGCUGAGACUGAGCCCCGGCAUUGCUCUAGUUCAGCCAGUAGAGCAAGGCAAGGAAGCCUGGGAUUAUGUGACGGUCCGGAGUAAUGCAUCCAUGUUCUGGUGGCUCUACUAUGCCAACAACCCCUGCAAAAACUUCACAGAAUUGCCUCUGAUCAUGUGGCUUCAGGGGGGUCCAGGAGGUUCCAGCACUGGAUUUGGAAAUUUUGAGGAAAUUGGUCCCCUCGAUGAUGAACUCAAACCAAGGAAAACUACUUGGCUACAAUCAGCCAGCCUUCUGUUUGUGGAUAACCCAGUGGGCACUGGAUAUAGCUUUGUAAAUCAGAGUGACGCAUAUGCCACAAAUCUUGACAUGGUGGCUUCUGACAUGCUGGUUCUCCUGCAAAAUUUUUUCGAUUCUCGGCCAGAAUUCAAGACUAUUCCAUUCUACAUUUUCUCAGAAUCCUAUGGAGGGAAGAUGGCUGCUGGGAUUUCCCUAGAGCUUUACAAGGCUAUCCAAAAAGGGAGUAUAACAUGCAAUUUUGCUGGUGUUACCCUGGGUGAUUCCUGGAUAUCUCCUGUAGAUUCUGUGCUUUCCUGGGGACCUUAUUUAUAUAGCAUGUCUCUCCUAGAUGACAGAAGUCUAAUAGAGUUGACAAAAAUUGGAGAGAAACUUCUAGAUGCUAUGAAUAAGGGACUAUAUGAAUGGGCUACCCAGCUGUGGGCAGAUGCAGAAACACUUGUGGAACAGGACACAGAUGGAGUGAACUUUUACAACAUUUUAAAUAAAAAUCCCCCUGAGUUGGCAAAGAAGAUGAGCCAAGAAUUCACCCAGCAUCAUCUAGCUCGACUUGAUCAUCGCCAUGUGAGACAGCUACACAACAAUAAAUUAAGUGCACUCAUGAAUGGACCCAUCAGAAAGAAGCUUGGAAUCAUUCCAGAUUCCGUCACGUGGGGAGAACAGGCAAGUUUAGUUUUCAAGAACAUGCAGAACGACUUCAUGAAGCCUGUGAUUAACAUUGUAGAUGAACUGCUGGAAGCUGGGAUCAAUGUCACAAUUUGCAACGGGCAAUUAGAUCUCAUAGUGGACACCAUGGGUCAGGAAGCAUGGUUGCGUAAACUGAAGUGGCCUGAGCUUACUACUUUCAAUCAGAUGAAAAGGAAGCCUCUGUAUGUUAAUCCUGAGUCUUAUGAUACAUCUGCUUUCUAUAAGUCACACAAGAACCUCGCUUUCUACUGGAUCCUCAAGGCUGGCCACAUGAUUCCAUCGGACCAAGGGGAAAUGGCCCUGAAAAUGAUGAGGAUGGUGACAGGACAAGAAAUGAAUUGAGAUGGAAGCCAGCUAGCCUGGCCUCAGUAGCUUGGCACAGUGACAAGGGCACCUUGCUGAGUUGGGCAACACAAUAACCACUGCGGUGCAGGAGGCCUUUCUUUUAGACAUCAAAAAAAUGAACUUUUUAUUAUGAUCUGUGAAGCUUUGAAUCAACGGACAGUUCUUCCUAAAUUGAGGAUUUUGCUGUGACUGAAAGCCUCCCACAACUACCUUCCUAAAAUGCCCUAUGGUUUAGGGUUGGGUUUGGGUUUUUUUCUUUUAUUUCUUGGAGAUUUGGGGGGGAGCAGUUAGCUUUUGUGGGGAUUACAAGAUGCCUUUUUAUGGACCUAUUUUUGUCAAGAUGAAGUUUCAAGUGUUUUUGUAUUUCUUUAAUGUAGCCAAUCCUGAAAUUAUUUUUGGAUUUGAUAUCUUUAAUUAGUUAAAAGGAUCCAGAAUGCUUCCAUUCCAUCAACAGUCAUCAUUUCAAUACUGAAAUCCUCCCCCCAGACAUUUGUUGACAUUUUAAAAAUCAGUUGAUACUGGUUGCCUGCAGACAUAGACUUCCAAUCCAACAAGCAUUUACUAAGCACCUGCUAUGUACUUUGUACUAUGUACAAAGCAUUUUCUGAUACUAACAAAUUUUCUAUGUGGACCUGAAGACACUUAACUUCCUCCUGUCUAUUGAAGAAAGUUUUAAUUUUGACAUCACUGAACCAUCACUAGCCUGGGAUUCAGCCUCUCCUGAUACCUCCUUCCUGCCUUGUCCUCUGACUGGUCUGCCAUGACAGCACUCAUCAUUAGAAUCUGCCCAUAACCCCCAUCCGAUCUCUCUUCGUGCCUUGACUGUUAAAAAUAAAAAUGAAAUGAAGAUUUCACUACCUUGAUCUUUUCUUUAACAACAACCUGUCCUUAGGUUCUCAGGCAGGUGUAAUUCUUAUGUCUUACUUCAUUGUUUGGAGUGACAGAUUUCCCAGGCUUGCACUUCCCAGGUAGGACUGAUGCAGUAUGAAUAUGUUCCCAUAGAGCUCAUUAUCUUUCUCUCCAAACCCACUGUCUCCUCCAAACACAUUCUCCCAGAUCCAUAAUCCCAGCAUUAUUUUUGAUAAUUCACUUUCACUUAUUCACCUUCUAGAUCCAUUCAGUUCCAAAUUUCUUUUUUUUCCUACCUCCACAAAACCUCUCAUACCUACCCUCUUAUCUUCCUAUCCACACAUGUGGCUACUAUCCUGAUUCAGGUACUUAAUUACUUCUUAACCAGGUUAUUGAAAUAGCUUCUCAUAUAGUUUUCCUGCCUCCAAUCUUUUCCCCAUACCAAUUUAUCAUUCACAGAACUGACAAAGUAUAGAAGGCCAGAACUCUGGAGAAGCAUACUUGAAACAAGGUAUUAACUCAGUGGAAUCAAUGAGAUGAUGGUUCUCUAGUUCACAUAUAUACUUAGUACUUAGUAUGGUGAUGCAAUAGUUCUCUAGUUCACACAUAUUCAGUAUGCUGUAAUGAUGUAAUUGUACUAAGGUGUAUAUAUAAGGACUGAGAAGGGCUGGAAAAGAUUCGUUUUAUUUUUGACCAGCCUCAUGGUGGCUGUUCUGCUUUCAUAACUUCUCCACUAAGACCAAGGACUCAGGCUGAUCCCGAAGUCCUCUAGAAAGCUAGUCUAGACUUUCCAACAAAGUAGUUUUCCUAAUGCACAGAUCUGACUAAGUAAAUGCCAGUCACUUCCUAUUACUUCUAGCCUCUAAGAUCAAAUAUAAAAGCUUAGUUUGACAUUGAAAGCCCUUAAAAAUCUCUCCUAAUCCCAAUAUUAUUACUGGUUAUUCUCCAUAUACAUUAUGAUUCUGACAAUUUGCCACCUACUUUCUCACAUACAAAUUUCCAUCUCUCAUCUCCAUGCCUUUGCAUCAGCUGUCUCCCAUGCCUGGAAUGCCUUCUGUCCUCUCCUUUGCCUAUUAAAAUCCCUCUCUUUCUUCACAGUUCAACUCCAGCUCCAGAUCCAUCUACUUGAAGCCUUUUCUGAUAUAAUUAUUAGUGCCUUUCUCCCAGUGCUUUAUAUGACUAUAUGUAUAUAUUCAGAUCUAUCUUAUUAUCAAUCUAUAUCAUCCAUUUAUAUAUAUGUAUAUAUAUAAAAUAUCAUUUAUGUAUGCAUCUUAUCAUCUGUUCAUAUACCUAUCGUAUAGCUAUAUCUUAUCUGUCUUUUCUUGUUUGUAAAUGCUGAGGGUAGGGCCCUUGUCUCUAUCUCUGCUGCUUUUCAUAGUGCCUAGCAUAUAGUAGGUUUUAAUGUCUGUUGGCAAAUUUAUUAUAAAGUGUAUUUUGUUUUGCCAGGUGAGGAAGACUUGAAGUUAUACCUUGCAGAAAAGAUUGUAGUUUAUGUAGAAUAUGAUAAAAGACAGUUUAUUUCCAAUUCAAUAAGAAAGUACCUGCUAAGUGUACAGGACUGCUUAAAGCAGAAAUCACAAAGACAAAAACAAAACACACCUUAACUUCAAAGCUCCAAGCCUCAGGAAAUCUCUUCCCAGGAAUAUGAAAGCUCUGAAGUUGUUUUGUUUUGUUUUGUUAAAUUUCUAGUACUUAGAACAUAGUAGGUACUUAAAUAUCAGUUCAUUUAAAAAUAAGCCAUUGGUUUUACAUGAACCAAAAUCUGCCUAUUCAGCUUUAGUUUUAUCAUAGGACUUCAUUAAAAUCUAGCUAACCUUGUAAAACAGGCCUUGACAUUCCUAGGACAUAUUCUGGAUCUCUCUCUUUCUCUCUCACUCUCUCCUGUCUUCCUCUCUCUUUCCCCCUAUCUAAGCACUAGUAUGUGCUUAAUAAGUGUUUGUUGACUACAAUUAUCUUGUUAAAUCUCAUACUGAAAAAAAUAUAUAAUAAAUUGCUGGUCAUAAGAAA